UUAUAAAUUUAUAUAAUUCAUAAUUCAUUGAAAGCCACUGAAGCAGAGAACGCAAACAGCAAACUAGAAUGGAAGUGGAGGACAAUCAAACCCAAACCCGGGAGGAAGAAAUGGAUGAUACUAACGGAGAUAAUCUCGAAAACCCUAACAGCCCUUCCUCCUCCGAUUCCGACGCCGAAUCGGAUGACGACACCUACCUGAAUCAAGAGCUUAAAACAUUAGAAGCCGAGCUCUCCACUAACCCGUCAAACUACGACUCUCAUGUACAAUAUAUAAAGCUGUUGAGGAAAAUGGGUGAGAUAGAGAAGCUGAGACAAGCAAGGGAAGCUAUGAGUGCCAUAUUUCCAUUGACCCCUGCAAUGUGGCAGGAAUGGGCUAAUGAUGAAGCUUCUCUUUCCACUGGAGGUGAGGAAUUUUCUGCAUUUGAGAAGCUUUAUGAGCUAGGAGUGCUUGAUUAUCUGUCUGUCCCUCUUUGGUGUGACUACUUGAAUUAUGUGCAAAAAUGUGAUGUGUCAGUGCGCGAACAUUCUGCUGAUGGGAUUUCAAAGGCUAGAAAUGUUUUUGAGCGUGCUCUUACUGCUGCUGGCUUGCAUGUUGCUGAAGGCAAUAAAAUAUGGGAAAGGUAUAGGGAAUUCGAGCAGGCUAUUUUAUAUACCAUUGAUGAGACUGAUACAAAGGCAAAGGAAUUACAAGUCCAGCGUAUUCGGAGUAUUUUCCACCGUCAAUUGUCUGUCCCACUUUUUAACUUGAGGUCAACACUUCUUGCUUACAAAGCUUGGGAAGUGGAACAAGGGAAUGUUCUAGAUGCUGAAUCAAGUGAUGUUGAUGGGAUUUCUUCUCAUGUUGCUUCAGCAUACCAAAAGGCCAUGGAAAUGUAUAAUUCUCGUGCACAACAUGAAGAGCAGAUUUCUAAACAGAAUAUAUCUGACACGGACAAAUUUCAAAGUUUCAUGAACUACUUAAAUUUUGAAAAGUCUGCAGGCGAUCCAGCACGGGUUCAAGUUUUAUAUGAACGUGCUAUCACUGAGUUUCCUAUAUCAAGUGAUCUCUGGCUGGAUUAUACGCGAUAUUUGGACAGGACCUUGAAGGUCGGAAAUGUUGCUAGGGAUGCUUACUUCAGGGCCACCAGAAAUUGUCCCUGGGUUGGAGAACUUUGGGUUAGGUAUUUGCUUGCUUUGGAACGUGGUCGGGCUUCUGAAACUGAGAUAUCAACUGUCUUUGAAAAAUCCCUGCAAUGCACUUUUUCAACAUUUGAGGAGUACCUGGAUUUGUUUCUCACUCGGAUAGAUGGCUUGAGGCGGAGAAUUUUGUAUGGUAGUGAAGUAGAUGUUGUCUUGGAUUAUUCACUAAUCAGGGAAACGUUUAAGCAUGCAUCAGAUUACUUAUCACCACAAUUGAAGAAUUCAGAUGGCUUUCUGCAUCUGUAUUCUUAUUGGGCCCAUUUAGAGCUGAAUUUGGGAAAAGAUUUAGCGGCAGCCCGUGGAGUAUGGGAGAGCUUGCUUAAAAUCAGCGGUUCAAUGUUGGAAGCCUGGCAAGGUUAUAUAGCAAUGGAAAUUGAACAAGGUCACAUAAAUGAAGCUCGGUCCAUAUAUAAGAGAUGCUACAGUAAAAGGCUAACUGGGACAGGCUCAGAGGAUGUAUGCCAUUCUUGGUUGCGCUUUGAGAGGGAAUUUGGCACACUUGAAGACUUUGACCAUGCUGUGCAAAAGGUUACACCCCGUCUAGAAGAGCUACGAUUAUACAGGAUGCAGCAGGAAUCAAAAGCAUUCGUUGCAUCAACAGAUCAGAAAGAAAAUACCAUUAAGAAAAAUGUCCGUGACAAGAGAAAAGGAGGUCCAGACUCUACUGAUGAACAGUCUCCAUUAAAACGGCAAAAACAAACAGCUCAAACGCAAAAGAAAGGGCAUGAGAAGAAUAAAGAUCAAGCACAAAAUCUAGCUGAAGUGACUGAAGCAGGACAAGUGAAAGCCACGGCUGAACAGACAGAUAGCACGCAUGACAAACGGCAGAAAGACUCUGAUACUGGAAAAUACAAAGUAUACACAGACAGUUGCACUGCAUUUAUAUCAAAUCUUAAUCUCAAGGCAAAUUCUGAAGAUUUGCGGAAAUUCUUCAGUGAUGUUGGUGGGGUUGUUUCUAUUCGAAUACUGCAUGAUAAGAAUACCGGAAAAUCAAGGGGACUGGCAUAUGUGGACUUUUCGGAUGAUGAAUGCCUUGCUGCAGCCAUAGCAAAGAACAGGCAGAUGUUACUUGGGAAGAAACUGAGCAUUGCACGGUCAGAUCCUAAAGGGAAAAAAGGUGGUCGGAAUUUUUCAAAGCAACAAAGUGGAAACAAUAGAGAAUCUGCAUCUAAAGUGUCAACUGAAGCUUCCAAGGAGACAACAGACAACCAAAAGUUCGCAGCUCGUAAGCAGGAUGACAACAUCCAGCUCAAAGGGAAGAACACAUUUUUAGUGCCGCGAAAUGUGAGGCCACUUGGUUUUACCGCAAACAAACCUAAACCUGUUGAAGAGGGAGAUGAGAAGCCAAAGUCCAAUGAUGAGUUCAGAAAAAUGUUUAUUAAAGAUUGAGAUUUACCAUCCUACAAUGGCUACCAAAUGGAGUGAUGGCAGAAUUGCUCCUUCAAAUGUUUUGGUAUUUACACAUACAUGACAAAAACGCACUUUAGGAUGAAGAAAUAUGUUCCUACCUUGCUGCUUACUCGAGUAAACAGAUUUCCUUACUGCAGAGCCAGUAUUCUUAUAUAGAAGUGGUCAUCUAGGAAUAUAUUGCCUGGAGGAUAGAUUUUUCUUGUUAUAAAAUAUGUUAGCUGUGCUUCAUUUUCUUGGUCA